ACGCACACCGUCGUAGUCGGCGGUCCCGGCCUCCUCGCCUACACUCCUCCGGAGAUCCACGCCAAGAAGGGCGACAAGAUCAUCUUCGAGUUCCUGCAGCUGAACCACACCCUGACCGAGAGCGACUUCGACGACCCCUGCAAGAACAACGGCGGCUUCGACACCGGCUUCGUCCCCAACUUCGAGAACAAGCGCGGCAUCACCCGCGAGCUCGUGGUCAAGGACGAUAAGCCCCAGUGGUUCUACUGCAGACAGGCCAAUCACUGCCCCCAGGGCAUGGUCUUCGCCCUGAACCCCAACCACAAGAACACUUUCGCCGAAUUCCAGGCUGCCGCC